AUGCCGUCUUCUUCUUCAUCAUCACCCACCCCUGAUGGCGAUCCUACGCACAGCACCUACGAGGUCAAUGUUCCUGUCCGCAAUGGACGAACAUCUGAACCAAAAGUCUCAAAACCUGAGAUUCGCAUACCAAGGAUAAAGCCAGUAUCAGAGAGCACAGACCAGACACAUGCACACUCAGACUCAGACUCAAAAACACAAUCACAGCCACAGUCACCUGAAAAGCUGGCUGCUGGCCUAGACGGCAAAUACGUCGAUGAGUUUGGCAACAUUCUAGACUGGGACGGUACUGUCCUCGGCCGUGUAGAAGGCGAUCUCCCGUCCAUGGUAGGACGGCCAGUCAUGCCGAAUGGACAGGUCCUCGACGAGGACGGCGAAGUGGCUGGUCACGUCUGCGAGAACUACAUCAAGCCUGCUCUCAAGCCACUUGCAGCAGGUGGACUCAAAGUCGAUGAUGAGGGAAACAUCUAUGAUGACCAGGGCAACAGGAUUGGCAAGCUCGAUAAGCCGAUGCCGUCCCAGGACGGAACCGACAAACUUUCCGAGAACAAGGACAAGGAGAGGGAACAGGCCCAGGGUGCUGGGGGUCCUAACAAUGCUGCAAAUGCUCCAAAGCCACCGGGUGCUCCAAGGCCUGACGAGCUGUUCCUAGACGUCAAGUCCACCUAUGAUGGUAUUCAGCUCAUCAUCAAGAUUCCUACUGUCUUCAAUAGAAACCUUGUAACCGAGACAAAGAGCAGUGGUAGUCAGACUGAGACAAACGAUAGCGAUAAUCGAUAA